GAAAUACUAUAUUCUACAAAAUAGAACUAGUUCGAAUAUAUUCGGCAACUAAACUCCUCGAAGCAUACCUCGCCUUACUGGUAUUUCUAACUUAAUCGUAUACACGUAUGUAGCAUCUUAUUUUACGAUCAUAGUAAAAAUAGCGAAUCGGCUCACCACAUCACAACUUGAUUUGGUAGUUGCCUGAACGACGACGGCCUUCAGCUGAAAUCCUUGAUCGAACAUCUGGCGAGCGUGACCGACGAGCUAAGGCUGAGGCAAAGCUUGAUGACGAUAUCGUGUUUGAAGCGAGCUGGUGAGGUGGAGUUUGAGUAGAGGACGACGUGUUUGACGACUCGACAGCAAAUGAUGCGACGAAGAGCUGGGCAGGAUCCGAGCUAAUAGGUACAGUAUGAGACAACGACCAACACGACAGAUGAACUAAGUCGCAGCGAGGUCGACGACGAGAUAGGGAUUAAGGCCGAGCGAGCCGAGAGGGCGCGCAACGAGCAGGAAAAAGACUCGACGCGGGAGUUUGACGCGCACGUGAAGCUAUCACCAGCGACAACACAACGAUGGCGAUAUGACCGAACCUGAAUCGGCGCGGGCCAAACACCGGACAACCAUGGCAGCGACUUGGGCGAGAUCUAAACUAGAGCAGCAGCACACCGGCAAGCAUGGACGGCUGGCGAACUCCGGUUUAGGCGAAUGGAACGCGACAACGGGAGAUGGUGCGCGCGUAGGGACUCGACGACGGACAGCGGCCAUGUAUGACAUGCCGCGCGGACGGGCGAGCGGUACACGAACUGGACAGAACCGGGCGAGCGGUACACGAACUGGACAGAACCGAGCGCGCAGGCUCCACGGCGAACCAAGAAACCGGCUACGCGCAGGGAGCAGAGGACCUCACGCGCAAAGCGAGCAGCAAGACGACGACGCGCAGGAACACGGCAAGCAGGGAUCAGGGGCCAGCUCGGCACGGCAAAGGACUCGGCUGAGCUCGUGCAACAGGGAGCAGGGCGCGGUCAGGAAGAUGGAGAUAGGCGGCCGAGCGCCAUGGGAGUUUGGGGAAGGAGCGAGUCGAGGGGACAGAGAAGACGCGUGGGGAAGCCACUCGGCGGAGCGCGCGUCAGGGACUCGACGGCGGUCAUGGACGGAGCUCUGCUCGGGUUCAGGCGAGAUUCGAGCUGGGGGCCAAGGACGCGACUGGGGAGAAGACAGACUGGACAGCGGGAUCUAAUCCCAGACUAGAGCGGCGGCUUGAGAUAUCCAAGCACUUGAGCGGCGGGAGGGAAAAAUCUGGGGAGGAGAAGAUGAGCUCGCGGCAGGAAGUAUCACGGCUGGAGA